AUGCAGCUCCGCCUGGGCCAUGUACUCGCGCUGGUGGCCUCCUCCCCGGCCGCCGCCGCGGCGCUGAUGCGCGAGCACGACGGCGCCUUCGGCACGCGGCCUUACUUCCGCACGGCCGAGAUCCUGACGUACGGCUUCCAGGACCUUGUCUUCGCGCCCCACAGCGAGCACUGGCGGCACGUGCGCCGCCUCUGCUCCGCGCACGUCCUCAGCGCCGUGCGGUCGCACAGCUUCGACGGCAUGCGGGAGCGGGAGGUCGCCGCGCUGGUGCGGACCAUGAGGGAGCGCGCGGGCGGCGUGGUGGACAUGAGCAAGGCGUUGUACGGCUUCGCGAACGGCGUGAUCUGCCGUGCGGUGUCCGGGACCGGGAGAGGGCUGUCCCGGGAGGAGGAGGAGGAGGAGGAGGAGGAGGAGGGCCGGAGGAGCGAGCUGUUCCGGGCGCUGAUCGAGGUGAACACGGCGCUGCUGGGAGGGUUCUGCGUCGGCGACUACUUCCCGUCUCUAGCGUGGAUGGACGACGCGUUGUCCGGCGCCGGCGCGAGGGCGUGGAGGAACUUGAAGCGGUGGGACGAUCUGCUGGAGAAGGUGGUCCAGGAGCACGAGGCUAGGCGGCGCCGCCGUGGUGACGGCGACGUUGAGGUGGAGGAGGAGGAUUUCGUCGACGUGCUGCUGGCCGUGGUGCUGCAGGCAGAGGAGAAGCAGGACCACGACGGUGGCUUCGAGCUCACUAGUGACGCCAUCAAGUCGCUGCUGGUCAGGAACCCCGCGGCCAUGGAGCGACUCAAGAGUGAACUCCGUGCAGCGCCGCCCGGCAGCACCACCGUGGCUGGACGCGGCGACGCGCUUGGCGCGACGACGACGCCCUACCUGCGGGCCGUGGUGAAGGAGACCCUCCGUCUCCACCCGCCGGUGCCGCUGCUCCUGCCCCGCGAGUGCAUGCGCGACACGACGGUGCUGGGGUUCCCACGUGGCCCGUGGCACCCGGUGCGCCUGUUCGACUGGGCGCUGCCGGGCGGCGCGGCGCCGGGGACCUCGACAUGUCGGACGCGCCCGGGCUUGCCACGCCCAGGCGGGUGCCCCUCCAGCCAGUUCUAG